AUGUUGUUUUAUGUAUUUUCUGAUGAUGACUCAUCUGGAUGUUUCAUAUUCCUUUCAUGCAAUACAUAACCUGCAAGAAACCCAUCAAGUUCCUUCAGUUCUUUAUAAUUGACUGGAAAACUGAAGGAUUUAGUUCAAUUUUUUGCAGGAUUCUUGCAGUAGUUUUCUGGGAGUUGAUUGUUGAUUAAAAUGAGGAAUGCCCUUUUUUCAUCAAUGUCUUCACAGCCUUACAACUUGGGAAACAAUGAAGUUCAGAUGCCACAUUGGGACGUCUCUAUGCUGCAGGUUGACAGUAUCAUAACAAAUAUCCAUAGGAAUGGCUUUUCUGUGGAUUCCAGAUUAUACAAAGAUGACAACCAGCUGAGAGAUGGUGGCUUUUCUGUUUCUUGUCAAUCCUCCAUUGGCUAUCAACAAGGUUUUCAGUCUAUUUCCACCAGCUUUGACAACAUUUCUCAGCAGUCACCGUUGCUUAGUCGGAAGCGUACACUUCCCCCAUUUGAAGCGUCCCAGCAAAAUAGGCUACUGCCACAGCAAGGAAUCAAUGAUCUUGUUUGCAACAACAACACAGCUUUGACUCUGUGCAGAAAGACUAACAAGAAGAAGAAAGUGAACAAAUCCUGUGAAGAAAAAUGGCAUCAUCAUCCAGACAACAAUGCAUCAACUGAGCAAAGGUUGCAGGUGCCAGUAAGGAGAAGCCAAAAACUAAGUGACAAGAUCACAACUCUUCAAAAACUGGUUUCCCCAUAUGGCAAGACUGAUACAGCAUCAGUUCUCCAAGAGGCUUCACUUUACAUCAAACUUUUGCAAGAGCAAAUUCAGAACAUGUUUCAGAUGCUUAGUAGCUCAUACAGCAAUGUCAAAGUUCUUCAUUCAAAGGAAAUGACCCUGAGAAGCAGAGGGCUAUGUUUGGUUCCAAUAUCAUUUACACAUAAAGUAACAGAGGAUGAUCUGGUUGAUCCACAGAUUUUAUCAAGAAAUUAAGAACUUUUUGCACCUUUGUUUCUGCUUAAUUUUACAUCUUGGACAGUUCAUAGACUUCACAAUCUAUUCGAAGUAGCCAUUGAAGAGAA